AUGAGAUACCGACACGGUACCUCCAACCAGGAUGCUGAUGGACUGUCUAGGAUACAUAUGGAUGAGUAUAUGGACAUCUGCACUGAGGAGGUAGAACUGGAUUGGAUCAAAGCUACGGUGGAAGCGUUGGAUGCUCAGCAAAAAGGAGAUGCAAUUUGGUUAUUGUCACUUUCUAGUCAGCUAAGUGAUAUAAGACACAUUAUGAACUUGGAGGGUGAAUCAAAGGUGCAACCUCUCACUCCUAAGGAACUGUACGAGGCUCAAAGGAGAGACAAGGUAAUCAGUGAGGUCAUUCAGUAUUAG